AUGGCUACCCAAAGAUCUUAUGCUAGAAGGAGUGCGAGGGAGAAUAUGGAACAAGAAGCUCCUACCGAAGCUCCUCAAGUUCAGAUCAAUCCUUUGGCCGAGCAUGUUUCUAAUAUGGAGUUUAGGGCCACUUUUCAAGUGUUGGCUCAAGCGGUUACGGUCCGAGCCAAUAGGGAGGUUGUGGUUCUCACAAGCUCAAAUGUGAAUUCGGCGGCUUCAAGAGUGAGGUACUUCACAAGGAUGAACCCUUCAAAGUUUCAUGGUUAUAAAGUUGAGGAAGAUCCUCAAGAGUUUAUCGAUGUGGUGUAUAAGAUUUUGAUAAUCAUGGGAGUUACACCGGUGGAUAAGGCGGAGUUGGCCACUUACCUAUUGAAAGGUGUGGCUCAAGUGUGGUUUUCCAGUCAAGGUUCCUCCAAUGCUCCUCCUAAGUUGAACCAAGGUAGAGUGUCUAACACUAAGCCUCAAGGAGGUAAUGGUAGUGGAUCUUCACUGCCUAGGUCUAAUUGCACCAAGGGUGGAAGGAAGCAUGAUGGUAAGUGCCUAGCUGGCUCGGAUGGUUGUUAUGGUUAUGGUAAAAGUGUUCACAAAAUGAAGGAUUGUCCAAUGCUUAUGGCUAAGGAGAGAGAGGGCAAGCAAGUUCCUACUAGUGGUGCUGGUUCCAAUGCUCCUAAGCAAAACCCCUUCUAUGCUAUCCAGACUAGAUGUGAACAAGAGAGUACUCCGAAUGUGAUUACCGAACUUAAGGAGUUGAAAGAACAGUUAAAGGACUUGUUGGAUAAGAGUUUCAUUCGACCGAGUAUCUCUCCAUGGGGUGCUCUGGUUUUGUUCAUAAGAAAGAAGGAUGGUUCCCUUCGUAUUUGCAUUGAUUAUAGACAGUUGAACAAGGGUUCAACAGACAGGUUUUUGAGUCUAGUGGCUAGCUGUUGA